AUGACAAUUUAUUUUCAUGACAUCAAAGAGGAUGCAACAAAGACAAAGCGACCCACCAACUGUCUACGUUUCGCUAUAGGAAUUUACAGUAUUUUGAGCUUAGUAUUUGCAGGUGUUAUUCUUGUUGUUGAACUCAUAUUGCUUGUUGCACUUCAAAAGUCUGGCAAAUACGGAGGAAGCAGUUUCUUUAUGGUGGUGAAUACAUGCCUCAAUGCCUGCUUAGCAGUUGCAUCUAUUCUGGGAAUUGUUGGAGCUUUUUCAGCCAACCGAAAAAUUCUCAUUUGGUUCGUCUCUUUCUUAAUCGCAUUCUUAACAGCGGGAGUCGUGAUGGCAAUCUUUCUACUAGCUAAACCUGAUGCUGGCUUCCCAGAUGCGGAGCAAUAUUUCCAAAACUACAUAGAAAUAGCUAAUAGAGGCGGUGACGAUGCCUAUAGAAUGUCCAUGGUGUCUUACAUGAGAGACCUUCAACAUGAGUUGGAAUGCUGUGGAUUUAAUGACCCUACUGACUUUACUAAUCCAACCGCGAUCUGUUGCUACCCAGGAAGCGAAUGCAAUGCCACUGAGUUAGAUGGUUGCAAAUAUCGGAUUCUGAAAGUAUUGGAAAGUUUAAGUCGAUUUAUUGGAGCAAUUGAUCUAACAAUCCUGGUCAUUCCAAUGAUUUUUGUGAUCUGCACAAUUAUCCUGAUUAAAAGGCUGCAAUGA